CCGGUAUAAAUACCUUUUGUCCCGGCUUCAGUCUGUCUUCGCACCGGCAGCAGCUCCUUCUGGAAGGUCAAACACAUGAUGGCAGCGCUGAAGAAAGUGUGUGUGAUCGGCUCUGGUAACUGGGGCUCUGCCAUUGCCAAGAUUGUGGGUGCCAACGCAGCCAAGUAUGACAAGUUUGAGAAAACAGUCAACAUGUGGGUGUUCGAGGAGAUGGUGGACGGCCGCAAACUCACAGAAAUCAUCAACACAGACCAUGAAAAUGUGAAAUAUCUGCCCGGUCACAAGCUGCCCCCCAAUGUGCUGGCUGUUCCAGACUUGGCCGAGUCUGUGAAGGGAGCCGACAUCCUGAUCUUUGUGGUCCCUCACCAGUUCAUCGUGAGAGUGUGCGACACCAUUAAAGACCACAUCAAGAAGGACGCUGUAGGAAUGUCUCUCAUCAAGGGUGUCGAUGCGGGACCAGAGGGUCUGAAGCUGAUCUCAGAGGUCAUCCGAGGGAAACUGGGCAUCACCAUGACGGUCCUCAUGGGCGCCAACAUCGCCAACGAGGUCGCUGAGGAGAAGUUCUGUGAAACAACCAUCGGGUGCAAAGACAGGGCUUACGGGCCCAUGCUGAAGGAGCUGAUGCAGACCACCAACUUCCGUGUGACCGUGGUCGAGGAGUCUGAUGUUGUGGAGAUCUGCGGGGCUCUCAAGAACAUUGUAGCUGUGGGAGCGGGUUUCUGUGAUGGCCUUGGAUUCGGCGACAACACCAAGGCAGCAGUGAUCCGUCUGGGCUUGAUGGAGAUGAUCGCCUUCGCCAGGGUCUUCUGCACAGACUGCCCCGUCUCCCCCGCCACCUUCCUGGAGAGCUGCGGCGUCGCCGACCUCAUCACCACCUGCUACGGUGGACGCAACCGCAAGAUCGGGGAAGCUUUCGCCAAAACGGGCAAAACCAUCGAGCAGCUAGAGAAUGAGCUGCUGAACGGCCAGAAGCUUCAAGGUCCAGCGACUGCAAGUGAGGUGCACCAAAUCUUAAAACAGAAAAACAUGGUGGAAAAGUUUCCUCUCUUCACUGCUGUCUACCAGAUCUGCUUCAACAGCCACCCGGUGUCAGAGUUCAUCAAAUGUUUGCAGAAACACCCAGAGCACAUGUGAAGGACUGAUGAAUGGGUGGAAGCUGGGAAAGGACUUUUACACUAGAACUGCUGUAUAACCCAGGUGAUUGUGAGGCGUGGAGGGGGGGGCAGGGGAGGGGAACAGAGUCGCCAUCUUUGCCUGAGCAUCUGUGUUGACCUGCUUCUGUUCCACGACCGACACUAACUCCUGUUUUUACUGAUUAGAAACAUAAAUGUCACGAAUCGUUGCAUAAAUCUACCGAGUCUUAAAAGUUUAAAGGCUUUGAAAUACUCUGCCUCACAUAAGACACAAACCCCGACCUGAAUGUUCUGAAAUGUUGCUUCAUUUCUUGGUUAAAGGUGCCUUAACUUGCCUUUUUACUGACAUGUAUUUUGCAGUGUUAAACAAAGCACUACACGCACAACAGUCACCACUCCCACUGUGUUGUUUCUCUUCUGGACUUGUUAAGAUGUAGCCAAAACUGCCCAACAAGAUUUAUUUUGGAAUAAAUUAUUGAACUCGUCGACUUUGUGCCUUU